GGAAAAACCAGGAAAAUCAGUAAUUGAAAAGAAAAAAAAAAGUCCAAAAUUCGACCAUUCAAUGCUUCGUCUCUGGGUGUUAACCAUUGCGCUAAACCUCAGCUUGCUCUCUCCUUCGUUCUGCCUCGCGCUCCUCUCGCGUCUACUUUGGCGCUCUUCGCGGUCUGCGCUUCUUUAGCAAUGUCCGGGAGACCUCAGCCUACUCAUCACAGGCAAUCUAACCGCGCCCAUCCAUACCCACUACCAUGGGCUGCCUCCUCAACCACCCAAGCUCAGCCUCCUCCCUUUGGAUCUCAGCUUUUUCCGGACCCCCUCCUGCCCCAAGGUGCACUGGACCUUCCUCCCCUUGUCACUUCCCCACCCGAUCCUUUGCCUUCUCUUAGCGCUUUCUCCUCUCCCGAAUUAGCCCUCGAGUUCAGUGCUAAGCCGAAAACGGCGAGGCCCAGAGCAUCUCGAUCUUCAGGCACUCCAUCUCCGACCACAAGCAGAGAUCAUGGCACUGGCCGUAAGGCAAACCAGCCGAAGUCUGGUAGGAAGCAGUUUAGCGCGUGUGGAGCGUGCCAGCUUCGCCAAGUCAGAUGUGAUCUCAAGGAUAAGCUCGCUACUGAUGGUGAAGGGGCAUCUUGUACCGCCUGCAGCGAGCGAGGUGUUAACUGCGUAAAUGUGUACCCAACGGACAGUAAACCCAAGGCCCAGCGAAGAGGCCGUCGUCUGCGUGUGGUUGAAGAGGUCUAUGGCAAAAGUAACAACAUCCCAACUCACCCUGGAGAGAAUGGGAGUUUGGACGGUCCCCUGAGUACAUCCCUUGGCUCCGUUGGAGAUAGUAUUGCAGGCCCUAAUCGGACAGCGAAGAAUGUCAUUGUAACGUCGCCCGUCGGCACCGGCAAAUCUAGAGGACAGCAACAAAGCUGUAUCCCGUCAAUGCGCCCUGAAUUCCUAGAGUCUCCGUUUUACAGGAGUUUUCACACACAGCGCCCCAUUGUUGACCCUGUCGAAUUUCGUGCACGUUACAUGUCUGCUGCACAAGGGCGGCCAAACGAGCUAGGGCCCAUUGGCUCUCUCAUCAGCAGCAUGUAUGUGAUAUGGGCGGCUUCCUACGGGAUCGACGAGAGUGGGCGAGAGGAAGUGUCCAACGGUGCUGGAGCUGGAAAUUCAUUCCCUCCCUCUAUUUCAAGAGAUCGGGGAAGCGGUCCCAGCAGUGGGAAUUUUCAGGCUGUUGAGGAUAACUUGGCCGCCGUGAGACGGAGACGGGCACGAGUCAAUAUAAUGGUCGCAGAGGUUUUGGAAAAAAUUGAUGAGCUUGCAUUGCUCAGAAAGCCGAGCUGGGAUGGUGUACGGGUGCUCAUGCUUAUCAUGCCGCUAACCGAAGACGCCUUAAAUCCUGUUGAUCGCUUGAGCACGUAUCAAGCUACUAUCUCCCAAAUAUACACGCUUUGCACCCUUGGGACCGCGAAUCAUGGUGGGCCAAUGGACAGACUUGUCACCGCGCGCAUUUUCUGGUACGCGUACGUCCAUGAAGGAAUCACCAGCGGCUUGAGAGGGAGAAAACUGAUAUUCGACGACGAUGAUUUAAAGAUUUUUGAGUCCCAGCUCCCGAGAAUGAGGAACGAGGGGAAUAAUCUCGCGCUUACAAGCCGGCCUAUUCCGGAUCACUUCAUCUUCCGUCUGUCAACGGCUCCUAUCCGUUUGUCCACAGCAUGUCGUCAAAUCAACUACGCGUUGACUGGGCCGAAAGCAAGUCUUAGACAGGAUAUAGACGAACAGAAACUUCAGGCUGCAUGGGAAACGCUCGCAGGGACUUGGGAUGAGUUUGAGAACCUCAGAGAGCUUGCAGGCGGGCCAAGACCAUCGAGCACAUCGACCGUCAUGCAAUCAUCGGACAUGGACAGGUUCAUUAGCGGCUGGCAGAUUUUUUUAUUCGAAUGCUAUAAUGUGAUUGUCGAGGCCAUCAAGGAGAGGUGGAUUAAACAUGGUCAAACCCGCUCCGAGGCACGCAUUGAGAACCUGGAUGACCCGAACGAAAGGCCAUUCACCUCGAAUGUAAAGCGACUCCUUGAACUUGCUGAAACCCAUUGCCACAAUCUUCAUCAGCAUGUGAUGAAAAUUAUUCACAAUCAGCUAGAAAGCCCCACUUUCUUUCAGUUUGACGCUUCUCUGGUCCGUGAUGGAACUUUCUAUGCUGGGAGCUGGGCGUGCCAAGAGGGGGGAAGUGAGAAAGACGUCGAAGCUUGUAUUUCUGCGCUUCAAAAGAUGCGCUGGGCUUUCUCAGCUGGUGAGACAAGGAUUGAAACCCUGCGAUACGCUUGGGAGAACCGUCCUAGAAGCCCGCGGCCAAUUGGUCAUUCAACUCGACCACGAUCGCCGUCGGAUGGUGUCAUCCCUCAGCUUCGAGAUCCACGAAUAAUGGUGGAGUUGCACUUACCCAUAAGCCCCAAUGCAUUUUCUGAUCAGGGUCGUGAUCCUUUCGAGUACUAUGUUUACGAGAGAAGCAACGCUCAGCCAGAGCAUCGUCCAUCGGCUCCCGUGCCCUCACCCCAACGGGGUUUAUCACGCUCUGAAUCAACGGCUGAACAUUCAGCUUUAUCCGGGCUAUAUCGACUUCCCCCAUUGAACUCCGCGAGUCUUCGGAUCCAUCCACCCGAUGACAUGAUUGCCAGUGCGGCAGCUCCGUGGGCGGCACCUUUGUCUCAUGAUCCCUCACCGCCACCCAAGAUGAGUCGACGUUCCUCCAUCGGAGCCGUACACGAUUCUCCGACCGGGAGCUCUCAUGCUUCUUCAUAUGAUCGCUCGAACCCGCAGUCUAUGCCUCCCAUCACACCUGAUCAACCCAAUCCCCCUUUUUACUUACCACACCAACAAUCCUUCAAUCGCCCAAAUCCUCAUUCGUACGCUGCUGAUCCUGAGGGAGUCUGGCCGCCCCUGGACCGCAGCAACUCCACUCGGCACAGUGAUUCAUUUAGUACCCACAUGAAUCACUCUCCUCAGGCGAGCUUUCACGGACACGGGAGUGGCCAACCUUAUGGAUCUCACACCCUGCAGCCACUGGGUUAUUCGCAUAAUAUUACUACUUCUGGGGUUACACCUGACCAAUCUCGUCAUGCUCACAUACAUGGGAAUGGGAUCCCAGCUGCCAAUAGCGACGAUGCGUGGUUCCAAACUGCAGGACAAAGUUCGGUUAGGCACGAUAUUCCCCAAGACGGCGAGGAUGGGGAGAUGGUCUACGUGCAGGAAGCUCAGCAUCUCAAUAGGACGCGAUAUCCGGUCGAGUUUACCGGUGAUCCUGACUCUGGUCCCCAACCUCCGCAGCCCACCCAACCAGGAUCGCAUAUACAAGGCUGGCAGUGAAAUACACCGCUAGUCACCGUCAUUCAGAUAAAAGCAAUAUUUUGGAAGCCUCGCCUGAACAGCACGAUAUAUUAUCAUUGCUAUUUACAUAAUUGUUUGGGAUCCACGUACUGCUCAAUCAGGUUUAUCACGUUUGUUUGUUUGUUUGUUUGUGUUUUUUGUCGACUGGUCUAUUAUAGCUGCUUUAUUUGAUGGCCUUUGCUAUUUGAUUCUCCCACUUCUGCAUUAUUUACUCGGGCAAAUACUUAUGCAUUUCUCUCGUUGACCAUUGUUUAUGUAUACCACCACGAUCUACUCAUACAGGAUUCGGACACUGGCCCAUAUUGCAUUUAUUGUUCUUUUCUCUUAUCUGUAGCUUUGUAGAUGAGUUUGACCCCCAAUCUAACUUAUGGCCUUUGG